AUGAAUGAUGAUGUGAAGAAGCAGAACUUCCAUAUUCCAAGGGUUUUUGAGUUGAGAAGAAAUUUGGCAUUCCAGGAGUCGGUGUCAUUUGAGGACAUGACUGUGGACUUUAUCUGGGAGGAAUGGCGGGAUCUGGACCAUGCUCAGAGGACCCUGUACAGGGAGGUGAUGCUGGAGACCUACAGCAGCCUGGUGUCCUUAGGCAAAUGCGUCACCAAACCUGAGCUGAUCUUCAAGCUGGAGCAAGGAGCAGAGCUAUGGAUUGGAGAAGAACCCCCAAGCCAGAGCCCACCAGGAAAUUAUCUCCCUGGAAUUCACUUUCCCAUGGUCAGCCAUCUGGGCACUCAGAGACUGCUGAAGCUAAGGCUUAAGUGGGCCCAGGCUGUACAGUAUGAGCGGAAGCCAGCUUUGGCAUCCUCCACAUGA